GCCCGGUUGCUCGGCCACCCGGGGAUGGAGUCCCGGAGCGGCCCGGGCUCGGGCGGCAAGCGGCAGCAGCAGAAUUCUCAGGAGCUAUGUUGUCGGAAGUCCUGCUGGUGUCGGCUCCGGGGAAAGUCAUCCUCCACGGAGAGCAUGCUGUGGUCCAUGGCAAGGUAGCACUGGCUGUGGCCUUGAACUUGAGGACAUUCCUCCGGCUUCAACCCCACAGCACUGGGAAAGUAGGCCUCAACUUGCCAAACAUUGGCAUCAAGCAGGCCUGGGAUGUGGCCAGCCUUCAGCUGCUGGACACGAGCUUUCUGGAGCAAGGUGACAUCACAGCGCUGACCCCGGAGCAAGUGGAGAAGCUGAAGGAGGUGGCGGGCUGCCCCGAGGACUGUGCCGAUGACCAUAAAUGGCUGGCUGUGCUGGCCUUCCUUUUCUUGUACCUGUCCAUCUGCCGGAAACAGAGGGCCCUGCCCAGCCUGGACGUCACCGUGUGGUCGGAGCUGCCCCCCGGGGCCGGCUUGGGCUCCAGUGCUGCGUACUCCGUGUGUCUGGCAGCCGCCUUCCUAGCUGCGUGUGAGGAGAUCCCAAACCCGCUGAAGGAUGGGGAGCCCACCAGCAGGUGGACCGAGGAGGACCUGGAAUUAAUUAACAAGUGGGCCUUCCAGGGGGAGAGAGUGAUUCACGGGAACCCCUCCGGAGUGGACAACACUGUCAGCACCUGGGGAGGAGCGCUCCGGUACCAGCAAGGCAAGAUUUCCUCCUUAAAGAGGCCACCGGCUCUGAAGAUCUUGCUGACCAACACCAAAGUCCCCCGCAGCACCAAGGCUCUGGUGGCCGGCGUCAGGAACAGGCUGCUCAAGUUCCCAGAGAUCGUGACCCCCGUCCUGACCUCCAUAGAAGCCAUCUCCCUGGAGUGCGAGCGAGUGCUGGCGGAGAUGGCGUCGACCCCCACCCCAGGACACUACCUCGUGCUGGAAGAGCUCAUCGACAUGAACCAGCACCAUCUGAACGCCCUGGGUGUGGGCCACGCCUCGCUGGACCAGCUCUGUCAGGUGACCACGGCCCAUGGACUGCACAGCAAGCUCACUGGUGGGGGCGGCGGGGGCUGUGGCAUCACGCUCCUCAGGCCAGAUCUGCAGCGGCCAGAGGUGGAAGCCGCGAAGCAAGCGCUGACUGGCUGCGGGUUUGACUGCUGGGAGACCAGCAUCGGGGCGCCUGGUGUGUCUGUCCACGCGGCCACCUCCCUGGAUGCCCCCAUCUUGCAAGCCCUGGAUGGCGUCUGAGAUGGGCCCCCAAGAAGCCCCUUGCUGGAUCAUUCUGGGUGCUAGAAUUCGCCUCGGUGCUGGCCACUGGGCACCCAGCUCUCCGUGACUCCCACCCCAGCCCCAGGGUGGGGGGGACCCAGGGCCCACAGCGCACUGGGCUGCCCGCAGGCCGUAGCCCAUGUUCUGCAUGCUCUCGAGCCAGCUGGGCAGUCUUCUGAGACGUGAGGGGCUCUCUCCCAUCCUCCCAGGACCUCCCACGGCCCCAUCCGCGUUGGGACUCUGCCUUCACCUGCCCAUUCCCUGGCCCACCCCGGCGGACGCUCUGAGGCAGGGGUCUGGUUCCCGGAGCAGUGUGCCUCGUCCCUCCCUUGGCCUCUGUGCUUCUACCUUCCCUCAGGGCCCCGGCCCUGCCACCUCCCCCAGGAAGCCUUCCUGGUCCCUGGCAGGGUGACCUUCAGUCUGUUUGAACCAAACCACCCAGCACUUUGUGUGACCUGCUCUUCUCUCCAGUUCGACAGCGGGCUCCCCCAGGGGCGCCCAGGUGGUGGUCUGUGCCUUCUGCCCUCCUGCCGAGCUUGGCCAAAGGCAGGGUGGAUGUGCAGCCUCUCCUGCUCUGUACCAAGAGGGCUGCAAAAUGGCAAAGGGCCAAUAAAAAGAUCUUGAGUGACA